CCGCCCCCGCCCGCAGCCCCGCCCGCCGCGAUUAUAGCCGAUGACUCAGGGCGGAGCUCCGCAUCCAACCCCGGGCCGCGGCCAACUUCUCUGGACGGGACUAGAAGUUUCUAGCCGGCCAGUUGCUACCUCCCUUUAUCUCCUCCUUCUCCUCUGGCAGCGAGGAGGCUAUUUCCAGACACUUCCACCCCUCUCAGGCCACGUCACCCCUGCCUUUAAUUCAUAAAGGUGCCCGGCGCCGGCUUCCCGGACACGUCGGCGGCGGAGAGGGGCCCGCGGCGGCGGCCCGGCCAGAGACUCGGCGCCCGGAGCCCGCGUUCCGCGCUCGCGCCUCGGCGGCCCCCGCCCCGGGCCGACCCCAACCCCUCCACGGCAUGAGCGCCGCCACCCACUCGCCCGUGAUGCAGGUGGCGUCCGGCAACGGUGACCGCGACCCCCUGCCCCCCGGCUGGGAGAUCAAGAUCGACCCGCAGACCGGCUGGCCCUUCUUCGUGGACCACAACAGCCGCACCACGACGUGGAACGACCCGCGCGUGCCCCCCGGGGGCCCCAAGGAGACUUCAUCCUCUGCCAAUGGCCCUUCCCGGGAGGGCUCUAGGCUGUUGCCUGUCAGGGAAGGCCUCCCUGUGUACCCCCAGCUUCGACCAGGCUACAUUCUCAUUCCCGUGCUUCAUGAAGGUGCUGAGAACCGGCAGCCGCACCCUCUCCAUGCCUAUCCCCAGCCUGGGAUGCAGCGAUUCCGAACAGAGGCAGCAGCAGCGGCUCCUCAGAGGUCCCAGUCACCUCAGCGGGGCAUGCCAGAAACCACUCAGCUAGAUAAACAGUGUGGACAGGUGGCAGCGGCUGCAGCAGCCCAACCCCCAGCCUCCCAUGGACCUGAGCGGUCCCAGUCUCCGGCUGCCUCCGACUGCUCAUCCUCAUCCUCCUCAGCCAGCCUGCCCUCCUCUGGCAGGAGCAGCCUGGGCAGUCACCAGCUCCCUCGGGGCUACAUCUCCAUUCCGGUGAUACACGAGCAGAAUGUUACCCGGCCAGCAGCCCAGCCCUCCUUCCACCAAGCCCAGAAGAUGCACUACCCAGCGCAGCAAGGGGAAUACCAGACCCACCAGCCUGUGUACCACAAGAUCCAGGGGGAUGACUGGGAGCCCCGGCCCCUGCGGGCGGCGUCCCCAUUCAGGUCACCUGUCCAGAGUGCAUCGAGCCGGGAGGGCUCACCAGCCAGGAGCAGCACACCACUCCACUCCCCGUCGCCCAUCCGUGUGCACACAGUGGUCGACAGGCCUCAGCAGCCCAUGACCCAUCGAGAAUCUGCACCUAUUCCCCAACCUGAAAACAAACCAGAAAGUAAGCCAGGCCCAGUUGGACCAGAUCUCCCUCCUGGACAUGUCCCAAUUCAAGUGAUCCGCAAAGAGGCGGAUUCUAAACCUGUUUCCCAGAAGCCCCCACCUCCCUCUGAGAAGGUAGAGGUAAAAGUUCCCCCUGCUCCAGUACCUUGUCCUUCUCCUAGCCCUGGCCCUUCUGCUGUCCCCUCUUCCCCCAAGAAUGUGGCUACAGAAGAGAGGGCAGCUCCCAGCACUGCCCCUGCAGAAGCUGCACCUCCAAAACCAGGAGAAUCUGAGGCUCCCCCAAAACAUCCAGGAGUGCUGAAAGUGGAAGCCAUCCUGGAGAAGGUGCAGGGGCUGGAGCAGGCUGUAGACAACUUUGAAGGCAAGAAGACUGACAAAAAGUACCUGAUGAUCGAAGAGUAUUUGACCAAAGAGCUGCUGGCCCUGGAUUCAGUGGACCCCGAGGGACGAGCCGAUGUGCGUCAGGCCAGGAGAGAUGGUGUCAGGAAGGUUCAGACCAUCUUGGAAAAACUUGAACAGAAAGCCAUUGAUGUCCCAGGUCAAGUCCAGGUCUAUGAACUCCAGCCCAGCAACCUUGAGGCCGAUCAGCCACUGCAGGCAAUCAUGGAGAUGGGUGCCGUGGCAGCAGAUGAGGGCAAGAAAAAUGCUGGAAGUGUAGAAGAUCCCCACACACAGACCCAGCAGCCAGAAGCCACAGCAGCAGCAGCAGCAACUUUGAACCCCAACAGCACGACAGACACCACUGGCAACCCAGCAGCACCUUAGCCUCUGCCCAGUAAAAAAUCAGACUCGGAAACUCAGAACCGAUGUGUGCUUUAGGAAAUUUUAAGUUGCAUGCAUUUCAGAGACUUUAAGUCAGUUGGUUUUUAUUAUUAGCUGCUUGGUAUGCAGUAAUUUGGGUGGAGGCAAAACACACUAAUAAAAGGCCUAAAAAGGAAAAUUAUGCUUUCUUCUAUAUGCGUAGUCUGUACAAAUAAAGAAGUUGCUUGUUGUUUCAGAAGUUUAACCCUGUUGCUUGUUGUUUUGGAGCCCUGUCUGCUUGGGCACCCAGCACUUGUUAGCUGCGGUUGUGCGCUGUCUUCUGUAGUUCUGGACUGAACGAGUUUUUGGGGCUAGAUGGGGAGUCAAUUACCCAUCACAUUAAUUAUGAAACACAUUUAUCAGAAAUGUUGCUGUUUUAAUGAGAUGAUUUUCUUCAUCUCAUAAUUAAAAUACCUAACUUUCGAGAGAGUAAAAGGUGCCAGGAGCCAUAGGAAUAUCUGUAUGUUGGAUGACUUUAAUGCUACAUUUUAAAAAAAGAAAAUAAAGUAAUAAUAUAACUCAAAA